GCCUGCGCAGUCGGGAGGGGAAGUGAGGCGGUUUCCUCGGCGCCUUUUCCGGCAGCGGCGGCGGCCAGAGCUGGGAGGAGGAGGUUGGAGGCCGGAGGGAGCCCGCGCGCUCGGGGCGGCGGCUGGAGGCUUUUGAGUUGUGUGGCCGGUGAUGUGCGAGUGAGCGACGGGCCCGGGCCUCUGUCCUCCAGGAGGCGACUUCCAGGCAGGCCGCUCGUGCGCCCUCGCGGCGGGGCAGGCUUCGUUUCGGUCUCGCGGCGGCGGCGGCGUUGUUGGUAGAGGGGACCCGGGACACCUGAAUGCCCCCGGCCCCGGCACUUCCGACGCGAUGGGGAAGGUGCUAUCCAAAAUCUUCGGGAACAAGGAAAUGCGGAUCCUCAUGUUGGGGCUGGACGCAGCCGGCAAGACCACGAUCCUGUACAAGUUGAAGCUGGGCCAGUCGGUCACCACCAUUCCCACCGUGGGUUUCAACGUGGAGACGGUGACUUACAAAAACGUCAAGUUCAACGUGUGGGAUGUGGGCGGCCAGGACAAGAUCCGGCCGCUCUGGCGGCAUUACUACACCGGGACCCAGGGUCUGAUCUUCGUCGUGGACUGCGCCGACCGCGAUCGCAUCGACGAGGCCCGCCAGGAGCUGCACCGCAUUAUCAAUGACCGGGAGAUGAGGGACGCCAUAAUCCUCAUCUUCGCCAACAAGCAGGACCUGCCCGAUGCCAUGAAACCCCACGAGAUCCAGGAGAAACUGGGCCUGACCCGGAUUCGGGACAGGAACUGGUAUGUGCAGCCCUCCUGUGCCACCUCGGGGGACGGACUCUAUGAGGGGCUCACAUGGUUAACCUCUAACUACAAAUCCUAAUGAGCAUUCUCCACCCAUUCCCGGAAGGAGAGAAAUCAAAAACCCAUUCAUAGGAUUAUCGCCACCAUCAUCACCUCUUCAAUUGCCACUUUCUCUUUUGAAUUUGAACUCUGGAGUUACUGUUCUACGUUUUAGGGGUGGGGGUUGGGGUUUCUCUCUCUCUUUUUUUUUUCCCCCUUUUCCUUUAUUAUCUUUUUUUUCUUUUUUUUUUCCUUUUUGGCUUUGCGUUAGUAUGCUCAGAUUUGACAUUUGACCUGAACACAGUGCUAGAUGCUCUUACUGACUUCCAGCAAAUGGGGUGGGGAAAUAUAGCAUUUCUUGGUAAAGUCCUUUAUAAUAAUGGUUUGAUUUUUUAUUUCGAGAGAAUCUUUUUUUUCCAAUGUAUGCUUUUUUCCUUUUUGCCCAGUUUCCUUAUCACUUGCUGUAGAUGGCUUAUUUUGCAUUCAUGCAGACUGUGUUGCAAGUCUGUUUCAUCUAGUAAACUGAAAAUUAUUGCUUAAUCAAACUGCCGUUUGUCUUUUAUAUUUAAGGCCUCCUCUCCUCCCUGGUUAGCUCUUAGUAAUUUCAAAUGUGACCUUUUAUAUCUUAAGACCAGUAUGGUAAAUAGCCCACAGUGGCAAAUAAUGAGUAAUACCGAUGUAAUAUGUUCCAGUUGCACAUCAGUAUGUUAAAACAGGUAAUGUAAGAGGUUCUUUGAAAUGUCAACAACUAAGUUCUGAAACGUAUAUCAUGCAUGAGUAGGAAUAAAACCCAAGUUCCUCAAAACAUAGCUAAUUUAUGCUGCAUAAAAAUAAUGAAAAGUGUAACUAGUCAAGGACGCAGAUUGUUUUACACUGCAAAGUUAAUUAGCAGCUUUACUAUGCUGUUUUCCUCUUUUCUUAAAAAUAUACUCUUUCCGGAAAAUGGAGCAAUAAUGGUGUAUGCCACACAGAUGAACUAUUUGUAGAUAUUUUAAGUAACUUUUUGGGCAAAACUGGAAUAUAUACUAUUACUUCAAAUGUCUAAGACCAGUAGUUUUAAAAUUACUAAAACAUUUACUUUGUUCACUUAAAAGAAAGCAAACAAUUCAAGUUAUAUGCAACUUUUACCUAGUUGAAAAAAUACACAUUCCUGUUUUCACAUUACAGCAACUGAUUUAAAGAUGAAAUCGUUCAUAGAUAAGUGAUUACAUCUCCAUUAAUUAGAACACUGGAAAAAAUAUUAAGAAAAAUCUUGAUUUUACUUGAUUGUAGGAUUAACUCAUGCAAAUAGAAACCCUGUUGGUUCGUUUAGUACACCAUCUUUAAGGAAAGAAAUGUGAUGAAUGAAUGAUGUAUAGACUUGAGGAAUGAGGAUUAAAAGGGGAAGUGGGAUGAAGAGAAAGAACUUACAAGAUGACAAUGAAUGUAAACUUUCUUUAAGGGUAAGCAGUGUGCUCACUGGUGGUAUCCAGAUCUUAACAAGAACUAGUUAGGACCUGUAACUAGAUUGAGACCACUAACAUUUUGAACCAAAUGUUAAUGCUUGAAUCUGAACUAGGAAGCAACAUCUGGUUCUUACAUGGCCUUAGGAUUAAUUUUAGUGAUCCUCAAGGAAUAAAACUUAGGGAAUUUCAGAAAUGUAGACUGCAAAGGCAGUAAGUAUAUAGAAAAAGGUUGGAGUGGUUUUGUUUAUGAGGGUGUCUGAAAACAAAUUGAACCGGAUAUCAUGGUAUAGUUGGACAGUAUUGGUCCUUCACGUUUUGGCCAUAUUGUAGGAGCUUUUACCAAAGAUUUAUGAGAUGCAGAAGGGUAUUAAAAAAAGCAAGUGUUCAAAAUAAAACAUUUUACUUAAAGCAGAUGCGAAAAGGUGCUAUGUUGUAGGCUCCUGCUGGCAGAGGAAUUUUUGAAUUCAAGAUGCAACUAAACUAUAACGUUCUCAGUUUCACUUUAAAAGUAUGUUCUCAGCUAAAGAUGAGGCUGAUAAUCACAUUUAAGAACAUUUUGGUUGCUGUUUAUAAUUCCUAAAGCUCCACCAUAAAUGUAAUUCUUAGUGUUUUUAAGUGAUUACAUUUUAAGGUACAUAAACAUGGGCUAUACAAAUAUCAAUGCUAUAGUAACAUCCUGAUACAAAACAAGCACAAAGGUAUAAAUGCCUAAACUGGAGGAAACUUGAAACCCUCAUGUUAAUUCUUAAAUGUAGUGUUUCUAACUUGUGACAGACAGGUUGAUAGGCAGCCAUUUUUUUUUUUUUUGUCUUAACUGGGGGACAUAGUUAAAAUUUUAUACAUCAAGUGAUUGCUCUUACUGAAUGUUGCAGGUGAGAUGUGGUUACUUUUACUUUAUUUGAAAUGUCUGAAAAGGGGGGAGGGGGGAAAGAAAAUACUUGAAAUUUGGAAAACCCUAAACCUUUUGGAAAGAAAUUGUAAUUUUCACUUACAUUUUCUUUUAAGCGUAUGAAAGGUUUAUAAUUGAUGUAGUUAAAUUGAAUCAUAACUAUAAUCAUGGAGCAGGUACUCCUAGCCUGCAAAAAAAAAGUUAUAAUCUAAUGAUUAAAAGAAUAAGAUCCUGAAGUUCUUGUUUAAUUGCAUCAAUUUCUGUAUUUAUGUGAAUUUAUAAACUGCAGUAAGUUUUGAAUGAGAUUGAUCUUGUCUAAGUAAAUGAGUCUGUAGACCGUGAUCUUCCCAAACUAAAAAGUAUAGUACUUGGAAUUGUGUUCUUUAUGGUUGUAGUGUUGGCAAAGCACUAAAAUGCAGAAAAUAAAGGAAUUACACAGCGCA